AGAAGAAUAUGAGGAAGUGAGGGAGAAAAGCACAAAGAAGGAGUUGGGAGUAAAAACCAAUUUUAGAGAAAGAGAGAGAGAGAAUGGCUUCUGAGGGGAAGAGGACUGCAAGAACAUGUAGCGCUCACAAUGGCGACAUCGACAAUAGGUGGUCACUUCAGGGAAUGACCGCCCUCGUCACUGGCGGUAGCAAAGGAAUUGGGCGUGCUAUUGUUGAGGAAUUAGCGGGGCUUGGGGCUACCGUCUACACCUGCUCCAGGACUGAAGCUGAACUCAAUGAAUGCUUGAAAGAGUGGAAGCGUAAGGGCUUCCAAGUGGCGGGUUCGGCUUGCGACGUUUCCUCAAGAUCCGAGCGAGAGAAACUGAUGCUCGCCGCGUCCUCCCUCUUUGACGGCAAGCUCAACAUCCUAAUAAACAACGUUGGGACUCUGGGGACAACCGGUGGAAUGCCGACCGUGGAUUGCACGGCGGAAGAUUUCUCCUUCAUUAUGACUACUAACUUCGAAUCGGCUUAUCACUUGAGCCAGCUUGCGCAUCCUCUUCUCAAGGCUUCGGGAACCGGAAGCAUCGUGUUCUUGUCAUCCGUCUGCGGUAUUGUUUCACUCAGCGUCGGAUCAAUUUAUUCAGCCACAAAAGGAGCAAUGAACCAGUUGACCAAGAAUUUGGCGUGCGAAUGGGCUAAGGACAACAUAAGAAGCAACUCUGUUGCACCUUAUUUUAUUCUGACUCCAUUGACCGAGCCUCUACUUUGUAGUGAGGAGUUUCAUAAGGAGGCAAUAGCCAGGGCGCCGCUCGGUCGCACAGGAGAGCCGAAGGAGGUGUCGUCACUUGUGGCCUUCUUGUGCUUGCCGGCAGCCUCCUAUAUAACGGGGCAGACCAUUUGUGUCGAUGGAGGAUUCACUGUCAAUGGCUUCUCCUUUCCUAGAGCAUGAGUGUAACUUUGUUCUGUGUCUGAGAUGUUUGUCGUGCGUUGCCGUCGCAGGGAUAAAGAAGUUUAUUAACCAAUAAUGGCAACGUCGCAAUACGUUUCAAUGUGUACGUCGAUCAUUUGUUGACCGCAUAUAAGGGAGAGUAUCGUACUCCCACUUUGUAUUCCCUUUCGAGCUCUUUUAUGCAAUUGCCUAUGAGUAAAAUUUAUGUA